AUGGCGUCAAAGCAGAAGGACGAGCUCUAUCAGCUCGAGCUCCUCUCCCUGACAGGCAAGAUCGCGACAGAACUGCUCAACCACACCGGCAUCAACGAUCGCGUCCUUGCAGAGUUCAUCCUGUCGUUGCACGAUCAAGCCACCUCUGUCGCCGACUUCAAAUCGAAGCUCUCCGAGGUGGGCGCCGAUUUCCCAGACAGCUUUGUCACUAACCUCGAUCGCCUCAUUCUUCGCCUGCAUCCUAAGCACAAGAAGGCUUCCUCCUCCAAAAAGGAAACAAACGGCAAACCAGGCUCUGCUUCACCCAGCGCAAAGGGCAAAGAGAAGGCAACUCCGGAUGAUGAGCAACGCGAGCGAAAGGCACGCAUGUUCCCUGGCCUCGCCAUCAAGGAUCAGGACUGGCAACCCUCCGAGGAGAAAGGUCGCAACGCCGUGGACGACUUCAUGAAGGAGUUUGAGGACAUGGCUGCCUCCAAGUCAUCCACACGCUCCAAUGGAGAUCGCUCAUCAAGAGACGAUCGCUCGCCAUCAUCCAGCAAACCGAGCAGGCUAGACCACAACGAUCGCGCAGUUUCAUCCUCCUCCUCGUCCCGCAGAGGUCGCGACGACCGACCACCACAACAUCUCUCCCGUCCGCCACCCGACGACCGACCCCAGCUCUACAAGAUCUACGACGGCAAGGUCAGCAAUAUGCGCGACUUUGGCGCCUUUGUCGCUCUCGAAGGCCUCCGUGGUCGUUUCGAGGGCAUGGUACACAUCGGCUCGAUCGCAGCCGGUACCCGUGUCAACCAUCCCUCUGACCUUCUCUCUCGAGGGCAGAAGGUAAAAGUCAAAGUCAUGUCGGUCGUCGGUGAUCGCAUCGGUUUGUCGAUGAAGGACGUCGAUCAAGCUUCCGGACGCGAUCUGACCCCACAUCUCCGCAUCAAGAGCGAAGCCGAGAUGGAAGAAGAACGCGAGCGUCACGCCGCGCGUUCCGCCAGCGGUGCCAACAGUGCGCCUCUGGGUGGCGCAAGGUCAUCCAACGGCAAUGGAGCCGGAAGCGGUAUCACCGUCAAAGAAGACGGACGCGGUCGAAGCAUCAAACGACUCACGAGUCCCGAACGAUGGGAGCUGCGUCAACUCAUCGCCAGUGGUGUUGCCAAAGCGAGCGACUAUCCCGAACUCAUCGAAGAAGAUCUUCGCACGCCCAACACCCGACCCGGCGCCGAUGAAGAUGACGAAGAGAUCGACAUUGAAGUGAAUGAAAAGGAAGCACCGUUCCUCAAAGGGCAGACGAGCUCGUCGAUCGAAAUGUCACCCGUCAAGAUCGUCAAGGCGCCCGAUGGUACGCUCAAUCGCGCCGCCAUGGCUGGUGCUUCCUUGGCAAAAGAACGCAGAGAGCUACGCAAGCAAGAAGCCGAGGAAGAAGCGGAUGCCGAAGCAGCCGAUAUGACGUCCGGAUGGCUCGACCCUAUGGCCCAGCAAGGAGAUCGCACGUUUGCGCAAGAUCGACGUGGCAACAUUCUCGGUGCCAAGGCGCAGGACCAACCCGCGUGGAAGAAGGAGACGUUCAACAAGGCGACCACCUUUGGCAGGAUCACCAACCUUUCCAUGCAGGAGCAAAGACAGAGUCUGCCCAUCUUCAAGCUGCGCUCACAGCUGGUGCAAGCGAUCAGGGACAACCAAGUGCUGAUCGUGGUAGGAGAUACAGGAUCGGGAAAGACGACGCAGAUGACGCAGUAUCUGGCGGAAGAAGGCUUUGCGGAUCGCGGCAAGAUCGGCUGUACGCAGCCAAGACGUGUGGCGGCUGUCAGCGUCGCCAAGCGUGUUGCGGAGGAGGUCGGGUGCAGGGUUGGACAGGAGGUGGGGUAUACGAUCCGAUUCGAGGACUGCACGAGUCCCGAGACCAAGAUCAAGUACAUGACGGAUGGAAUGCUGCAGAGGGAGUGCUUGGUGGAUCCGGACGUGACCAACUACUCGGUGAUCAUGUUGGACGAGGCGCAUGAGAGGACGAUUGCGACCGACGUUCUGUUCGGACUGCUGAAGAAGGCGUUGAAGAGGAGGAAGGAUCUCAAGUUGAUCGUGACGAGCGCGACGCUGGAUGCCGAGAAGUUUUCGAGGUACUUUUUCGGCUGUCCGAUCUUUACGAUUCCGGGCAGGACAUUUCCGGUGGAGAUCAUGUACACCAAGGAGCCGGAGCCGGACUACCUGGAUGCGAGUCUGAUCACGGUGAUGCAGAUCCACCUUUCCGAGCCCACGGGAGACAUCCUUGUGUUCCUGACGGGUCAGGAGGAGAUCGAUACCAGCUGCGAGAUCCUCUUUGAGCGCAUGAAGGCGUUGGGACCCAGCGUUCCGGAACUCAUCAUUCUGCCGGUGUACUCGGCGUUGCCGUCCGAGAUGCAGACCAAGAUCUUCGAACCGACACCUGCCGGAUCGAGAAAGGUGAUCUUGGCGACCAACAUCGCCGAGACGAGCAUCACGAUCGACGGCAUCUUCUACGUGAUCGACCCCGGGUUCGUCAAGCAGAACGCGUACGACCCACGACUCGGAAUGGACUCCCUGGUGGUGACGCCCAUCUCACAAGCGCAAGCUCGGCAACGUGCCGGACGAGCGGGACGUACAGGACCUGGAAAAUGCUACCGCCUGUACACGGAAGCGGCGUAUCGAAACGAGAUGCUGCCCAAUUCGAUCCCCGAUAUCCAACGGCAGAACCUCGCAUCUACGAUCCUGGCUCUGAAAGCGAUGGGCAUCAACGACCUGGUCAACUUUGACUUUAUGGACCCGCCUCCUGCGCAGACGCUGCUCACGGCGCUCGAGUCGCUCUACGCGCUCUCUGCGCUGGACGACGAAGGGCUGCUCACACGCCUCGGUCGCAAGAUGGCCGACUUCCCAAUGGAACCGAUGAUGUCCAAGAUGCUCAUCGCGUCGGUCGAUCUGGGGUGCAGCGAGGAGAUGCUGUCGAUCGUAGCGAUGCUGAGCGUGCAGAACGUGUUCUACCGACCGAAGGACAAGCAGGCGGUUGCGGACGCCAAGAAGGCCAAGUUCUUCCAACCGGAGGGGGACCAUUUGACGCUGUUGAGCGUGUACAACGGGUGGGCGGCGAGCAAGUUUUCCAUGGGAUGGUGUAUGGAGAACUUUGUGCAGGGGAGAAGUCUCAAGCGGGCGCAGGAUGUUCGGAAGCAGCUGGUGGGGAUCAUGGACCGCUACUCGCACGAUGUCGUGUCGUGCGGGAAGAACUACAACCGGGUGAGGAAAGCGAUUUGUUCUGGGUAUUUCAGGAAUGCAGCGAAGAAGGAUCCACAGGAAGGGUAUAAGAGUUUGGCGGAAUCGGGGGGUAGCGUGUACAUCCAUCCGAGUUCUUCGCUGUUCAAUCGGGCGCCGGAGUACUGCGUGUACCACGAGGUGGUGUUGACGACGCGCGAGUAUAUGCGCGAGGUGACGGCGGUGGAGCCGAAAUGGUUGGUGGAGGUGGCACCGAGGUUCUUCCGGCAGGCGGAGGUGGGGUUGAGCAAGAGGAAGAGGGAGGAGAAGGUGGCGCCGCUCUACGACAGGUUUGCCAAGCAUCAGGAUGAGUGGCGCUUGAGCAAGGUUAAGCGCGUAGGCAAGAGCAGUCAGACGUUUGGAUGA